UUUUAUAUUAAUCUCUACAUUUUAAGUAUUUUAUUUAUUGAUUUUUAUUAAUUCAUUACACCGAAAAUGUUUAUUUAAUAUAGUAGCAAAUAAUAAUAGCGUGGAUUAUGCCUGCAGGAUGUACAUACCGUAAAGUUAUUUUCAGUUUCAUGCGAGUCGGUAUCACCGCAAAAACUUUUGGCGUUUCAAUUUACUUAAGUCUUAACUAACCAUAGAUAACUGACAAUGAAAGUUGACCUUUCUUUUUCUCUUUCAACUUCUAACUUAAUUCAUUUCAUUUUGUAUUAUAACGAUAAUGUGUUCAAGAAUUAACGUCGCUUCUAUACUGGUUUCAGUGUUAUAAUCAUACCGUCGAUCAUGUAAUUAAACUCGCUCUCCUCAUUAACAUGCACCGUCGCUUUGGUUAAUAACGUGAUUAAGUAAAAUCAUUUAUUCGAAAAAAGGGUGUUUACGUAGGGGGUACAGAAAAUAAAAGAAAAAAAAACAAGAGAAAUAGGGAUUUGGAUUAAGUACAUCGUGAUCGACAUCAAGAGAUUUUCGAAAGUACUAUUUUCGCAUUACUAAAGUAACGAUAGAAAAAUAGCUCAGUGCUAAUCCACGUACGUUAAUACCAUCAUUUAUCGUCUUAAGAUCCUCGAAAAAGAACGAUCGUGACGUAAAGUUGCUAUCGAAUGGACCGAGUGGACGAUUAAAGAAGCAACCUGUGGCUAUGUUUCGUUGUAGAAUUUUAUCUGUGUUAGGAGCUGAGUAGGAAAUCGGUGCUUUUCAUUGUACAUGUGUUGACGAACGUGCUCCUAACGUAAUUCAGGUAUAUCGUGCGGUCUAUUGCAAGCGUUCGAUAAAUAGGAUGUAAUCGUAUCAUUUAAUGAUCAAAUCAAAACAAGAGAGGGAGAGAGAGAGAGAGAGAGAGAGACAGGAAGGAGGGAAGAGAUCAUUAACGAGAAGCAAAGCGGUAAUUACGCACGUUUCGAGAGCCAGUUUGCAUUAUCGAUGAAUCACUCGAUAAUUCUCAGCUAUUUGAAAUCAUUCGAUUGUAAAUCUUCUAUUCGAAAGAAAAAGGCGAAUGCCAGAGGUAGAUAAAAAAUUUGGAGGACUAAAAAUAUCAAUCAUAGCAACGCAAAGCGUCGCGUAAAAUAUUCGUAGAAAUUCAAGAACGGCAGAGAAUCGCUGGGAGAAAAAAGUUCGGUCAUCCCUCAUCUUGACGGAAAAAUGUUUUUCUUGCCUUACUUGCUCGCUUUCGCAUAACUUUCUUUAUCAUCGUGAAUUGCGUGCCAUGCGAUCGAAGAAAAUUCAAGUGAGAGGAUGAGGAAAGUGGAUGAUGAAAGAUGGAACGAUCGGGUGAUACUUAACGUCGGUGGAAUACGUCACGAGACAUAUAAAGCGACCUUGAAGAAAAUACCGGCUACGAGAUUGUCACGACUCACCGAGGCAUCGGUAAAUUACGAUCCGAUAUUGAACGAAUAUUUCUACGACAGGCAUCCCGGUGUCUUCGCACAGGUUCUCAAUUACUAUCGUACAGGCAAGCUGCACUAUCCCACGGAUGUUUGCGGUCCUCUUUUUGAAGAAGAACUUGAUUUCUGGGGUCUUGAUUCGAAUCAGGUUGAACCUUGCUGCUGGAGUACUUAUAGUAUUCAUAGAGAUACACAAGCAACAUUGGCCAUAUUGGAUAAAUUAGACAUCGAAGGCGAAAAGCUUAGCGACGAGGAAAUUUCUCGUCUCUUUGGUUACGAGGAGGAAUAUAAUCGUGGAACAUUGACAAAGUGGCAACGAUUACGUCCGAGAAUCUGGGCUCUCUUCGACGAGCCUUACUCGUCGAGGUCGGCAAAGUGCAUCGCCUGCAUUUCGAUCUUCUUCAUCUGUCUCUCGGUUCUCUGCUUUUGCUUAAAGAGCCAUCCUAGUAAUCUACCACAAAUUAGAACAGAUGAUUCUCCUUCUAACUACUCUGUAGAAUUCACUCAGCAUUACGAGAAUGAAAUCGGUCGACCACAUAGAGCAUUUUAUUACAUUGAACACGCUUGUAAUGCUUGGUUCACAUUCGAGAUAACACUUCGAUGCUUGGAAAAUCCCAACAACGACUUUGACAGUAUACCACGAGGACUUUGGUGGGCUCUAGUCACCAUGACGACCGUCGGUUACGGCGACAUGACGCCGAAAACCUUUCCAGGGAUGUUCAUAGGCGGACUGUGCGCCUUGACCGGCGUUCUUGCUAUCGCACUUCCGGUUCCCGUCAUCGUCAGCAACUUCUCUAUGUUCUACUCCCACACUCAGGCACGUAGCAAAUUGCCAAAACAGAGACGAAGAGUACUCCCAGCAGAAUUUCCAAGACGUGGAAGAUCGUCGAUGCAUCAAAAUCGUUUCGAUUCUCAGGGACAUUUGUUCUUGAACGCUUCACCUUACAGAUCGCUGACACCUCUCAUGACUCGACAACCUAUGACUAGAUUACACAGCGUCCUACAACUCCAGCCGAAUAUCGUGAUAAAUCUAGCGGAAAUCGAACAUCGUGCGCGCACCACUUCGCCCAGUCAAGAAUCCGAAGGAACUAGCGUAUCUGACUGCCGAGAUAGCGAUCUACCUCAAGAUGAUAAGAUGGAAGAGCAACGUGUCGCCGAAGUCGUUCAUCCAGAAGAGGAAACGAAUCAUCGAAAAGAGAGACAACGUUCUCAAAACAUUCUCCAUUAUAUUUUGUGAUAAAAAUAUAUUGUUUUUUUUAA